GUCUGUUUCGCUUGCUUAUUUUUGCAUUGCAUCACCCUCUCUCUCUCUCUCUCUCUCUCGCUCUCUCUCUCUCUCCUCAUUUCCUUGCUUUCUCUCCUAUCUCUCCCUCUCCUCUUUUCUUCUUUUCUUCUUUUCUUUCCCACCUCCUUCUUUCUACCUUAAUAUUCUUUUCUACUUACAUACUUUAUUAAUCCUUUCGAUUCCUCCCCACAACCCCCAUAUUUACCAUCCUCCUGUUUACUCGGCUACUUAUCUCUCCGGAAUUCCACCUCCCGCUUCCCUCCCACCAUGGCCGACUCCAACAGCUUCGGGGAUGUCAGCUAUCCCAAUCCCAACGGUGACAACACCGGCAAUGUCUUCACAAAGGGUCCCGUCGUGGAUAAUAUCAAAUCCGAAGCCUCCCGCACCGGUCAAGAAUUCCGGGACUUGAGCAACGCCAAAGUCGCGCCCGACACCACCACCGCCACCGGGCAGCCCCUGACCUAUUACCACUCCCUGCUGUACAGCCUGCUCAGCUGGGAACAACCCCGUGCUACCGCCACCUCCUUCGCCAGCGUCGUGGUCUUCAUCUUCGCCGCCCGUUACCUGCCUCUUCUGCGCUGGUUCUUCAAGUUCAUCUAUGUCGCGCUUGGCUUCAUGGCCGCCUUGGAGAUCGGCGGCAAGGUUGCCCUGUCCUAUGGCCUCGCCAGCUCGUUCCGCCCCCGCAAGUACUACACCAUCCCCAAGGAGACCAUUGAGGCGGUCCUGGAGGAUCUCGAGCAGCUGUUCGACUUUGCCCUCAUCGAAUUCCAGCGCGUUCUGUUCGUCGAGAACAUUGUCCACACCCUUGCUUCUUUCUUCGCGGCCUUUACCGCCUACUGGCUGAUCAAGUUCCUCCCCUUCUGGGGCCUGUCCCUCUUUGCGGCGAGCGUGGCGUACCUGGGUCCCCUGGUCUACAUCAACAACCGUGAAGUCAUCGAUGCCCAGAUUGAGAGGGCGCAGGCGAUGGUCAACGACCAGGCCAACCAGAUCAAGGACCUGGCGGAGGAGCGUACCACCCAGGCCACCGGUCUCAUGAAGCAGUACGUCGACGACUACAGCGCCAAGGCCCAGGAGUACAUUGGCCAGCGCCGUUCUGCCUCACCGGAGAUGGCCAAGGUCGCCAACCCCGUGAUCAAGAAGGAGCCGGUGUCCGAGCCCGCCGUCAAGACCUCCGACUUUCCGGAGGCGCCCCAGCAGGAGCCCCAGCAGGAGUCCCAGCAGGAGCCCGUGGUAGAGUCCAUCGAGACCUCCAGUCCCGCGCAGGUCCAACAGGAGCCGCUCUUGGCUGUGUAAAGGAUGCUCCGCAAGGCCGCCCCUUCAUCUGCCGCCGGGUCCUCCUUCCUCCUUUUGGAUGUGUGGGCGCUUGGUGGCAUAGUGACGGAUUCUUUUCCCUUGCAUUCCGACGGGAAGGAGUCUAGUCGGAGCAGUGCAGUUGUGCCAGUGUGUGUAUGUGUGGGACGAACCCAAGCGAGAAUUGACCCGAUAUCAUGGUACCCAGAAGGAUAAUUUCGUUGUUGUACGAUGAUCAGAUGGUAUGAUGUGAAUCUUUCCCAGUAGGGGAAUUUCCCCCUUCGUAUUUUAUUUCAUUCUCUUUCAUCCUAUCCUUUUCUCCCUUGAUUGAAUUGAACCCUCGCUGCUGUGUUCCGUUCCGUUCUCUCCUAUUUGUGUCGUACCACAAAAAAUUCUGUCUUUCCACAGAUAGACCACACCAUCGGAUUUGUGUAUUUUCUACGGGAACCCAAUCAGAGGCUGUGUACUUUUGACCACCACCUAUGUACCUACCGUAAGGAAUGAUUGAUUGAUUGAUUGAUUGAU